AUGUCGACUCCAUCCGUAGCAUCUCAAUGUCGCCUCGAACCCAUCAACCUCAACGACCCCGACCAUUUCAACGAAGUGCGCCGCCACCGUCUCGUCUGCGGCUGGGACCACGAACCCUCAACGCUCGAGAAAUGGAAACUCAAACAGAACGAAGGUCUGAAAAACUUUUUCUGGAUCACCAUGCCCAACUCCAGUUGCAAUCUUCACCGUAACUCCGACUCCGACUCCGACUCCAGCCAAAACACCCCCACAAUCCGCAUCGGGCACAUCUCCCUCGACGCCUACAGCGACCCCCCAGAUCCGGAGCUCUCGCGCGCCGAUAAAUCCAUCCUCGCUAUUCAGACCUUCUUCGUGCUCCCUGAAUACCGGUCCUUGAGGGUCGGUGCGCGCGCGCUGGCUCUGGCCGAGGAAUUAGCGCGGCGCGAACCGAACUGUCGAGUGAUUGCGUUGACGGCGCUGAGUAAACGGUAUAUGUAUGACGAGGGCUUAGACGGAAAGGGUCUCUGGGAGAGGAUCGAUGAGGAGAUGCCGCCUGGGAGUAUUCAGGAGUGGUAUGAGAAGAAGGGUUAUGUGGGGUGGAAGGAGGAGCCGAGGUAUGAGACGGAGUUGAAGGGUGGGGGGACGUAUUGGUUGAGGGAGGUGUUUAUGAGGAAGGUUUUGAGGGAGGGGUGA